AUGAAAAACUGGUCAAAAGGAUGUCUUAUGGUGUCCGUCGCCUUUGGUGAUAUUGAGGCCGACUGUCCCAAGGAGUACUGGUUUGACGGAAGCGUGGAUAUUCAGUUGGCAGCCAAUGCUUUGGAGCGGCCGAUUGCUUGCUAUACGUCUGGUCUAUGGGCGAAAUAUCAUCCGCCGUCGCUGACAUUGCCACACUCUGUACCUUCGGGCAAACGAUAUAGUCUCCUGCCGUUCGUUAUGCAUUUCGUGAAUGGGAACCAUUGGGAGCCGGUUCUGCUGCGAUCAUCUGUUAAAAUGCAAUGGCCCCCGUUAUCACAGCGACAUAAGCAGCAAUGGAACGAGAUCAACCCAGGUCACGAUCACAAAACGUUUUGGAGGUACCUGCAUAUCAAAAAAACAGUGGAUCAAGAUUCAACAGCAAGUAGCCUAGAAAAAAGAAGACAAGCGUCACCCAUUCUGAUUUUGGAUGAAUCUGACUGCGAUAUUGAUAUGGGAGGCGAUCAUCAUGGUACCUAUAACUUGCCGCUCUGUAUCUUUGUAUUCUAG